AUGGAUAUCCCCGAGAUUCGAGAAAGCGGAGAAGAUAUGAGCGUUCAGCCACACUUAUCUAUCACUGCAUGUUUGCGGUGUCGCGAACAGAAGCUCAAGUGUGGACGUGAACGUCCCGCAUGCGCUCGAUGCGAGCGACUCAACGCGACAUGUAACUACCCGAGUCCUCCAGAUCGCCGGGGUCCACGGACUCAACGCGGCCCCCGGCUUGUGCACAGGGCAACCGAACACAGGCGGGAACAUACUCGCCCUCGACGACCUGUCAUUCAGCGUCCUCGUAACGAAUCUGCGUCGCAACAGACCUCCGCCUUUGAGCCACAGAGACCCAAUAAGCCUCUUGAAGGAAAUAUACUCCCUCGUAGUGAUGCUGAAGUGGAUGACGCAUCUGCGGGGCUCAUACGAACUCCAGUACUGUCUGAUUCCUACCCAACUCAGCUGCGCAUGAUGAGUUCAGUCGCAACGGAACCAGCGUGCGCCUCAGACCAGCCACCUUUACCACCAACUGCCCUUGGUCUUUCUUUACUGGAAAUAUACUUUACGCGCGUAUAUAACGCACCUCUACUGUUUUAUAAGCCCAUUCUCUUUCAACAAUAUCUUGAGGGGGGGCUUCAUGGAGCUCUUCUUAGAGCUUUACUUGCGUUAGCGACCCUAUUUCUUCAACCAUCGCAUUCAGACGAUGAACACCAUGCUGCAGGUGGGCCUGCGGAAUUAAAAAUUUUGAGCGCGUAUCAUUCUUGUGGACUCCCGUGGGCGAAAGCUGCACUGAGAGAAGCUAUGACAUUGGCCAUGGACGCUCCAUCCCUUAUGAUAAUCCAAGCGCUGCAGUGUCUGCAACUGUAUUGGUUUGGUAUUGGCCAGCCUCACCGAGGCAAUUUAUGUCUUGCACUCGCCUACCGUUCCUGCCACCUCCUUGGGUAUAGCAAGAAGAUUUCGGAUAAAACUAAUGAUUCUGACGUGUCGCUCGAAUCAGAACUUGGCCGUCGAUGCUUCUGGGCUUGCUGGACAUCUACAAGCAUUGUCAUGGAGCCAGAACCCUACAUCAAAUCAUCCUGGCAAGAGGUGGCCAUGGUGCCACUCCCAGGUUUAAUUUCCAAUACAUCAUCAGGUUUUAGGAUAACUCUUAGUGAGAAAAUGGAUGGGGAUUGGUGUUCAAGUGUCCUGGAAUCUGGUACAAGGACCGAUACUCCCCCUGGAGCUGCAGCACUCUUAAUGAAAAUGGUGGGCUUAUGGGCAAAAGCCCAACUUUUGUGCAAGGAUCAUGCCUCUUCUCCGAUUGCUCAAAAUUUCGACUCGGGGAAGAAAUUAACUCACCUGGCAACAUCAUUAUUUGAGGAUGCGGUCUCGCUGAGAAAUUCUGGAUAUCAGAAUGAUUUGACCUCCGAAGUUGAAGUUAUAUUGCUCGUGCAUGAUGCCCUUUACCACCAGUGCCAAAUGACCAUACACUCGAUGGUUGUGCCUUUGUUUUCGGGCAUCUCUACUGACCCCAAAAUUGACAUUGAUACGCAGAGACAAAGUGCAGAGACUGUCACAAAACACGCAGACCUAUUUCAUCGCCUAUUGGAACCUUAUCUCUAUGGUCAGCGUCAUGUUUCACACCUACCUCCUCUUGUCGGCUAUGGUGCUUUUGUCGCAGGUAUUGUGCUUCUGGCUACGGAAAUUUCCUGUCAGAAUAAAGAGGACAAUGGACCUCCCACAGAAGCGGGUAAAAAGGGUUGCAGACUAGCUGCUGUGAAAUCAAUCUUGCACUUAUUAGAUAAUCUUCGAGUCUAUUGGAGGGCCUUGCAACGUCCGUGGGAAACCUUGCAUGCUGCGAUGCAAACAGACCUUUCGAAGUAUAAAAGACGACCCAGACCAACAGACUCACGAGGCAACCAACCAUCGACACACUUCAAUGACCGCGGACCUCCCGAAAUGUCCGCAAGAGUUAAUCAAAACAUGGAUUUCUCGAAUGAACAGCUGCAACUCUCAGUGGUUAACAAGAGUGCAGGAGAAGGAUUUUAUACCCAACAAAGCUCCCACCCCGCUAGUGCCAACGGCAAUGAGUUUGAGGCUCCAGGUGAGAUAGGAACAAGUGACUCAUUGAUGGGCCAGAUCAAUCUACCACACGAUUAUGACUGGUAUAGCUUGUCUUUCGAGGAGGCUGGAGUUGAGCAGUUUGCUGGGCUUGAACCUUCCACCCUUUUCCAACAAGGUUGGAGCACAUUUGGCUAG